GAGGGCGCGGCCAGGCGACUGAGGGCGGGGACGGCGUGCGGGCGUGCGGGCGGCGCCUAGGGGAGGAGACCGGCCCAUGGACCCGCGGGGCCCGGUGCCCCAGACUCGGUGCCGCCGGGACGGAGCCCAAGAUGUCGGCCUAGGCCCGGCUGCGACGACAAGGACUUUGCGGCUACUGGACGCCGGGGCGCGCGGCCGCUGGGCCGGGGAGUGCUGGCCCUGACGCCGGGGCGCACGGGAGGCGAGAGGCCGGCGCGUGGGGAGCGGGCCGCGCGGCACCAUGUCGGCCAAGGUGCGGCUCAAGAAGCUGGAGCAGCUGCUCCUGGACGGGCCGUGGCGCAACGAGAGCGCCCUGAGCGUGGAGACGCUGCUGGACGUGCUGGUGUGCCUCUACACCGAGUGCAGCCACUCGGCGCUGCGCCGCGACAAGUAUGUGGCGGAGUUCCUCGAGUGGGCUAAGCCGUUCACACAGCUUGUCAAGGACAUGCAACUUCAUCGGGAAGACUUUGAGAUCAUCAAAGUGAUUGGAAGAGGGGCUUUUGGUGAGGUUGCUGUGGUCAAAAUGAAGAGCACUGAACGAAUUUAUGCAAUGAAAAUUCUCAACAAAUGGGAGAUGCUAAAGCGAGCAGAGACAGCGUGUUUCCGAGAAGAGCGCGACGUGCUGGUGAACGGCGACUGUCAGUGGAUCACCGCGCUGCACUAUGCCUUUCAGGAUGAGAACUACCUGUACUUGGUUAUGGAUUACUAUGUGGGCGGUGAUUUGCUGACCCUGCUGAGUAAAUUUGAAGACAAGCUUCCAGAAGACAUGGCAAGGUUCUACAUUGGCGAAAUGGUGUUGGCCAUUGAUUCGAUCCAUCAGCUUCACUAUGUGCACAGAGACAUUAAGCCUGACAAUGUCCUUUUGGACGUGAACGGUCAUAUCCGCCUGGCUGACUUUGGAUCAUGUUUGAAGAUGAAUGAUGACGGAACUGUUCAGUCUUCUGUGGCUGUGGGCACGCCUGACUACAUCUCACCAGAGAUCCUGCAGGCCAUGGAGGAUGGCAUGGGCAAAUACGGACCUGAGUGUGACUGGUGGUCGCUGGGCGUCUGCAUGUAUGAGAUGCUGUAUGGAGAAACGCCAUUUUAUGCAGAGUCACUGGUGGAGACCUACGGGAAGAUCAUGAACCAUGAGGAGCGAUUUCAGUUCCCGUCCCAUGUCACCGACGUCUCUGAGGAAGCAAAGGACCUUAUUCAGAGGCUGAUAUGCAGUAGGGAACGGCGGCUUGGGCAGAACGGAAUAGAGGACUUUAAAAAGCAUGCAUUCUUUGAAGGUCUAAAUUGGGAAAAUAUACGAAACCUAGAAGCACCGUACAUUCCCGACGUGAGCAGUCCUUCUGACACAUCCAACUUCGACGUGGAUGACGAUGUGCUGAGAAACACGGAAAUAUUACCUCCUGGCUCUCACACAGGCUUCUCUGGAUUGCAUUUGCCAUUCAUCGGUUUUACGUUCACAACAGAAAGCUGUUUUUCUGAUCGAGGCUCUCUGAAGAGCAUGAUGCAGACCAACACGUUGACCAGAGAUGAGGAUGUGCAGCGUGAUCUGGAGAACAGCUUGCAGGUGGAGGCUUACGAGCGAAGGAUACGAAGACUGGAACAGGAGAAGCUAGAGCUGAGCCGGAAACUGCAGGAGUCCACCCAGACUGUGCAGUCCCUUCAUGGCUCCACACGGGCCCUGGGCAACUCAAACCGAGACAAAGAAAUCAAGAGGCUGAAUGAAGAAAUUGAACGUUUGAAGAACAAAAUGGCAGAUUCAAACAGGCUUGAACGACAGCUUGAGGACACAGUGACACUUCGCCAGGAGCAUGAGGACUCCACACACCGGCUGAAAGGCCUGGAGAAGCAGUACCGCCUGGUUCGUCAGGAAAAAGAAGAAUUGCACAAGCAAUUGGUUGAAGCCUCAGAGCGAUUGAAAUCCCAGACCAAGGAACUCAAAGAUGCCCAUCAGCAGCGGAAGCGGGCCCUGCAGGAGUUUUCAGAGCUCAAUGAGCGCAUGGCAGAGCUCAGGUCCCAGAAGCAGAAGGUGUCCCGUCAGCUCCGGGACAAAGAGGAAGAGAUGGAGGUGGCUAUGCAGAAGAUCGAUUCCAUGCGGCAGGAUAUCCGCAAAUCCGAGAAGUACAGGAAAGAGCUGGAAGCUCAGCUUGAGGACGCCGCUGCCGAGGCCUCCAAAGAACGAAAGCUGCGUGAGCACAGUGAGAGCUUCUGCAAGCAGAUGGAGAGCGAGCUGGAGGCCCUCAAGGUGAAGCAAGGAGGCCGGGGACCAGGCGCCACGUUAGAACACCAGCAGGAAAUCUCCAAAAUCAAGUCUGAGCUGGAGAAGAAAGUCCUGUUCUAUGAGGAGGAGUUGGUCCGCCGAGAGGCCUCCCAUGUGCUGGAAGUAAAGAAUGUGAAGAAGGAGGUCCACGACUCAGAAAGCCACCAACUGGCCCUGCAGAAGGAGAUCUUAAUGCUGAGGGAUAAACUCGAAAAGUCCAAGCGAGAACGGCACAAUGAGAUGGAGGAGGCAGUGGGCACGGUGAGGGACAAGUACGAACGCGAGAGAGCAAUGCUGUUCGAGGAGAACAAGAAGCUCACGGCUGAAAACGAAAAGCUUUGUUCCUUUGUGGAUAAACUCACAGCCCAAAAUAGACAGCUGGAAGAUGAGCUGCAGGAUCUGGCAUCCAAGAAGGAGUCCGUUGCGCAUUGGGAAGCACAGAUCGCAGAGAUCAUUCAGUGGGUCAGCGAUGAGAAAGAUGCUCGGGGUUACCUCCAGGCCCUGGCUUCGAAGAUGACCGAAGAGCUGGAGGCCUUGAGAAGCUCCAGUUUGGGAUCAAGAACUCUGGACCCACUCUGGAAGGUCCGCCGAAGCCAGAAGCUGGACAUGUCUGCACGGCUGGAGCUGCAGUCCGCACUCGAGGCCGAGAUCCGCGCCAAGCAGCUGGUUCAGGAGGAGCUGAGGAAGGUCAAAGACACAAGCCUCUCCUUCGAAAGUAAACUAAAGGAAUCCGAAGCCAAAAACAGGGAGUUAUUAGAAGAAAUGCAAAUUCUGAAGAAAAAGAUGGAAGAAAAGUUUAGAGCAGAUACAGGGCUCAAACUUCCAGAUUUCCAGGACUCUAUCUUUGAGUAUUUCAACACUGCUCCUCUUGCACAUGAUCUGACAUUUAGAGUGAGUACUGCUUUUUGAAAAUAACGAGUGUGUGUAAGUUAGAAACAAUAGAAUAUGACUUGACUACCUGUGUGGGCCCAAAACAUCUCCGGAAACAGGUCUG